ACUCUCGUAUAGAGUCAGUCAGUCUGUGUGCGUGAGUGUGCGUCUAGUACCUAUAACAUACUCCCUAUAUAACGUCGCGCAAAACUGACGAACAUAAUCAUAAUAACAAGCAAGAAAUAGCAGGCAGCGCUUUAUAAGUGAGGACGUUCAUCGAGCGCCGCCGGCAGCAGCAGCAGCAGCCAGCCGAAGCAGGCAGUUGGCUAUUGCUUCCCGUCGAGGCAGACAGAGGCAGAAGCAGAGCUUAGCUUUUACGCUUACGUACACACCACUCUGCAGCGCGAAUGUGCUGGCGUGUCUUUACCCGACUCGUAUUAUAACAUAUACAUACUUCAUAUAUAUCUGCCUAUAUAUACAUACAUACACAUACACAUACACACACGCGCGCAUAACAGCGAGAUACAUCCAGCAGCCGCAGUCGGCCCCCCGUGUAUAAAUAACAAGGAAACUGCAAUAGUUUUUUUAUUUAAAGAGAAGAGAACCACGAAUUGUUGUACGUUGAGAAAGCCCUCGUGUGUGUGCGUGCGAGAGAGAGCCGUUGCGCCGAGUUUUUUUGUUGCUACUCAGUUUUCUUCUUUUUUUCUCUCUCUCUCUCUCUCGCUCUCGCGCUUGCCUCGCGCAGUUCUCGAGAGACUCGGUUGGUUUGGUGUGGCCCGUGUGUUGAAUCGUGUUUAUCAUCAUCAGCAUUGAGUCAACGUCGUCGUGUCUAAAUAAUUUGUGAGUGUGCACCUCGACCGACGCAAGCAGCAGCAGCAGCAGCAGUAGCGAACGAUCUCUUUUGCUCCGCUCGUUAGCUCAUCCGCGCGUUAUAUUGUAUCCAUCUACUUACAUAUACUGCAAAGCGACUAUCUCGCCUAUAUAUAACCUCAUUUUCGUGCGAAUCGAGUCGCCGUCGUCGUUGUCGUCGUCGUCGCUGUUCUUGUGUGUUAAAGUGUGCGUGUGAAGUAUAUAAAGAAGGAAGAAGAGAAGAAAGAGGUGGCUUUUUCCCUAGAGAAGAGCAACAACGCCGACGACGUGUAUAUAUUUUCAUAUAUAUACAUAACACACACGUAGACAAGACGCAACAACAAGGCAACGUAAUAACAUGGAGGAAAAGGCGUCCUUGAAGGAGCUCGACCAGUGGAUCGAACAGUUGAACGACUGCAAGCAACUGACCGAGAGCCAGGUCAAGACUCUUUGCGACAAGGCAAAAGAAAUUUUAGCAAAGGAGUCCAAUGUACAGGAAGUAAAAUGUCCUGUCACAGUUUGUGGAGACGUUCAUGGACAGUUCCAUGAUCUCAUGGAACUCUUCCGGAUAGGUGGUAAAUCUCCAGAUACAAAUUAUCUGUUUAUGGGAGACUACGUUGAUCGUGGUUACUAUUCUGUUGAGACUGUCACUCUUCUAGUUGCACUAAAAGUGAGGUACAGAGAAAGAAUAACUAUUUUGAGAGGUAAUCACGAAUCAAGACAAAUCACACAAGUUUAUGGAUUUUAUGACGAAUGUCUUCGAAAAUAUGGCAACGCCAAUGUGUGGAAGUUUUUUACAGAUUUGUUUGAUUAUCUCCCCUUGACAGCUCUUGUCGAUGGUCAAAUUUUCUGUUUGCAUGGUGGUCUUUCUCCGUCUAUUGAUACAUUAGAUCAUAUUCGUGCAUUAGAUCGUUUGCAAGAAGUACCACAUGAGGGACCCAUGUGUGACUUGUUAUGGUCAGAUCCAGAUGACAGGGGCGGUUGGGGCAUUUCUCCUAGAGGUGCUGGUUAUACUUUUGGUCAAGAUAUAUCAGAAACUUUCAACCACUCAAAUGGUUUAACGCUAGUAUCAAGAGCUCAUCAGUUGGUUAUGGAGGGAUACAAUUGGUGUCACGAUCGUAACGUUGUAACUAUAUUCUCUGCGCCCAAUUAUUGUUAUCGCUGUGGUAAUCAAGCUGCAAUUAUGGAGCUUGAUGAUGCCCUUAAAUAUUCAUUCCUUCAAUUCGAUCCAGCACCUCGACGUGGUGAACCACAUGUCACCAGGCGAACACCAGAUUACUUCCUGUAAGAUUUUUUAAUCGAAAUGGGAGUAGUUAAGGUAGGGGAUUGGAAUGAAGGUGGCUUAAUACAAAUGCCACAAAAACAUAACCUAUAUUAGAACAUCGGUAUAAGUGUAAGGACCCGAGCUACCCUUGCACGCCAUAUAUAGUAUCAAGUAUUAUAUAAUGGCUCGCGUUAUGGUGUCUCCUAGUGAGACUAAUUGCGCGCUCGCGUGUUUGCGCGUUUAUAUACACCAUACACGUAGUUUCAACAACACUUGUAUACAUAAGAAACAAACAAAAAAUUGAAGGAAAAUCAAUAAUAAUGUACACAGUACUGAGAGUAAAAAAUUCACCUAAAAGCAUUGAGUUUGACGAUUUUCAUUGUAUGCUUGUAUUUUUAUUGAUGAAAACUAUCAUGGACAUUUUUGAAUUGUAACAUCGUUAUUGUGAAUGGCUAAAAGCGUUAGUGGUAAUGUUCUUUAAACUCCUGAAUGAAUGUUAAGUUGUUGAGUGAUUUGCGGAAUGGUUUGCUGUGGAGAAGAAGUGAGAGAAAGAAAGAACGAGAUAAGGCUAGGGAUAAAGAUAUAUACAUACAUACGCGUCUUUUCUCCUAACUGUACUGCAAGAUGAUCACUGUCGUUGACGGUUACUAAUUAUGUACCAAUAUGAAAAUAGCUGUAUUUAAAUGAAAAAUAUUAUCUCGUGUUUUGAAUUGGGGUGAAUGGAGCGACAAGUGAUGAAUGUUUUUUAUGAAAGGGCAUAGAUAGCUUACGUAAAAAUGCAGGGUUGAUGCAACAGUGACUUUCAUCCCACAGUACACCAAUACUCCCUUGUUGGCGUACAUCAGUAAAAAUAUAUCAUCGUGUACUCAUUAUAGUUUGUUUUUCACGGUUGUCAAACACAGUGUUCUUAGAGCAUAAAUGUAAUACUGUGGAUUAAUCCACUGAAACCUAAGACAAAUUUUUUUACAUGAAAAUCGGAGCCACAGUGGACCACACGUUUCUCUAAUCAAACAGAACCUUUAUACAAUGAGAUAAAUGGCGAUAUAUUGUCUGAUCGAUUUAUUCGAAAAUUACUGUUUUAUACUUUCAUGUCUCUUCCUCUUUUAAAAAGUGAUAAAUAAAGGAAGGGAAAAUAACGUUUUCUACUUACUUAAGAAAAAAGCUUUUUUAAUGUAUCUAUACGCACCUUUGGCAUUUACUUUAUCUGUCUCAUGUUGUGUUACAUUGAUUUUUAAUGCGCUGCGAAUUAUUCAAUGAGUGGAUCAAAACGAUGCUUUAGAAGAAAAUUUGUAACUUUUUAUCUUUUUAAGACCUUGAAUAUAUAUAUAGCUAUAAAUAUUAUGAAAUAAUGCCGAAAACGGUACAUGAGGACUAGGACGCGUCGUGACACUUUUGCAUCAAUCCCUCGUUAAUUGAUUUUUAAGUAUAUCCUUAUGUAAAACUUCUGAUGCUUGGAAUGGCAAUUAUAGUAUAUGAAAGUUGAAAUUGUUCGCGGUAAUUUCGUUAAACUUUUUACUACGUAAAAAGAACAUUAGGUUAAAAGAAUGAACGCUUUGAUGAAUAAGAAAAAAAAAUACAAAAUAAAAACUAUUGUAAUUCAAGCCAACUCGAACACUUUUUUUGUCUCAUCAAUUUCACUUGUUGAAUUGUACAUUUGAUGUGAUGACAUUUAUAACCUAUUUUAUUUUAUGCGUGAGAAAUAUCUUACGAAUCCAAAAAGGAAGAAUAAAAGCAACAAUUUUGCAGAAUUAAAAAAAAAUCUUAUGUUGUAAAUAUCGAUAUUGGUUAAAAACCGAGCGUAUUAAUCAAGAACACGGCGCUCCAUAUGUGCACUCGUUAUCUUUGAAAAAAUAAAUAAAAUAAAUAAGAUAAAUUCAAAUCAAGUGCCCAGAUUAAAAGUGAGCGUGAGAGGAAAAUAAACAAUUAGUUGUCUAGAAAAAACAAAACUGUAGUUUACUUCACCUAUUAAUAGGAAUUUUUCAAGACUGUGAAUCGGUGAAUAUUCAACUAUGUAAUAUACACAUCUCGUGUAAGAUGAACUUUAAUCUCGAUAUAUCCUUUUUCCUGUAUCGUCCUUUUUCAGAAGCAUAUACAAGAAUUAUACAUGGAACUUCCUCGAUUAUUUCGAAUUUUUUAACUUACCUUUAUGAACAACCGCUUGUACAUUUAUACUGAAAAUAGAGUUAAAAACAAGAGUAUAAAUAGGGCAUGGAUGUGGUGGCUAUUCCUCUGGAAGUUAUAUUAUGCAGAAAAUGCAUUUUGGUUCUAUACAAAGAUCCAUAGAUUCGAUUGAUUGAACGAGCUAAAAAGGAUCGUUUUAAUAUGGAAAAUCAGUAUCAUUUGUUGGUAGUGCAACAAGUGGCACAAAUAAUUAAUUCGAAAGGCAAAAUUUUAAUACAUAUAGUGAAGAGUGUGUAUAGCUAACUUGUGUAUUUGUUGGACAUAAAUCACGUCAUACUUUUUUUAUUAAAAAAUAAAAAUGAAUACAUAAAUAAUGACACGUGUAGCGAUAGAAAAAGUAAUUGAGUAUACGCAUCAGAUUUGCACGUGCAUCAAAUAAUACAGAUACAUUCACGUUUGAUUCGACGAUGAAAGAAGCGCACGAGAUUUAUAAAGUAGAGAGUAAAAAAAAAGGAGUGAAAGUCGUCCCGAACGAGUCAAGUGUGCGAUAUGUGUAUGCGUUGAGUAUAUUUGAGUGUACAUUGCGAGAAUGCCAGGAAGGAUACAUGGGGCAAUGCAAAAAAUAAAAAAAACUGUCGAAUUCGCGUCAGAGAGAAUUUGAGAGAAAGCACUGAAAUAUUUCAUCUUAAAAAUUCGGCGAAAUUUUUUCCUCGUUUGCACAUCCAAUAUUAUUAUCCCAUAAAAAUAUAUGAAUAACUUGUAUGCCGUAAUGCUAUAACUAUAUCAUAAAAAACUAUCGAGCGUUGGUCGACGUGACUGAUGAAUGUGGAAUCUAUAUAUUUACAGAGAUAUAUAAAAUAUAUUAAAAUAGGAUCAACAAGGACAUAAAGUUGCACGACUCGAAGAUUAAAAGUGAUAAGCUUUAGAGAAAAAAAAGUAUACCUACUCGUGUGUUGUCUGUACCUUUUUUUAUAAAAAGCAAAAUUUUCACGUUAAGAUAAAUAUUAGUAUAUCUGUCUGGGCGCAUUAUACGUGAGCUCCAAACAGGGAGGAAAACUUUGUGUGAUUUGUUAAAACAUACUCCUGAGAAUUAGACACCGUACGCACGUGCACUCAUUAUUUUACACAAAAAGAAAAAAUACGUAGAGGAUACAUCUUUUUAUUGCGGAAUCAAGAUUUUUAUGCGUCCAUCCUUUCGACAAUAAGAGAUGAAACAUUUGAAAAAUUCAAUAUUGUAUAACACGGAACACGUCUACUUCGCGAGCGACCAAUAUUACAUUAUGAUAAUGAACAAAAAAGUAGCGGGGGAAAAAAAGGCGAAGAAGAAAUCGGCAAGUGACACAAGCGUAGAAAUAUUUCCUAACUGAAAAAAAAGAGAACCGGCGGAAGUCAAAUAUUGUUAUAAGCUAAGCUCUGUAUGCGACGUAUGGAGAAAGAGGCCUGUUUCUCUCACUCUUUACUACAGUGCACACGUGUGAAUGAAAGGCUUGUAAUAUUAUAAUAUAGGUAUAUAACGUGUAUAUGUAUACACACAGACACACGCAUUACUAACAGAAAUAUGAAUGAACGACGACGCGCUCUCGAGACUCGCUUAGGUAUUAUAUAUUAUAUAUAUUAUACGCGCACGUUAAAACGUAUAUACCGAGUUAUUACGAAAUUUAAAUGAAAACCUUUUCACGUGCUCGCACGCGCGCCUAUCUUAUACAUAUACUGUACGCGCGCGCAAAUAUGUGACGAUGGAAUAUGCAUAAUGUACGCGACGGACGAGCGUAAUAUGUAUAAAAGCCCAAGCACGCGUUGUAAUACGAAGAAUGUCGAGAUUUUUUUGUCGCGAAAAAAAGGAAAAACUAGAGAGAGUUGGCCGUUCCUAGAAUAUAAUAUGAACUGCGCGCGGCUCUGCGAAUGGUCAAGCGAGCGUGUCUAAAUGCAGCUUUUCUCUCUCUCACUCUCUUUAACAGUUGUUUCUCUAUUUUAUGCCUAUAGCAUUGUGUGCGACAACAGCCCAUGCAGCAUAUGUCGCGCGCUGCACACACGUGUGCGCGCACAUUAUAGGCAGGCAGACAGUCAGCGAGGCUGAAUUUUGUUAUUACCAUUGCAAACCGCACGCCGAAUGGGCCUUUGUUUAAUUUGAGCUUUGUCCUUUUUAUAUUCUAUAAUUUUAUCACUGAUGCGAGUUGAUAAAAAAAAAAGAAAAAAAAAGAAAA